AUGGCUUCUGUUAACAGAAUGUUACUACAGAAAACAUUUACCUGCAGCGUUUUAAAAACUUCUUUCAUCAAAGCUUUUUUAUCUCCAAAAGUGUGGUCGUUUGACACAUCAAGCCUCUUGAGAAAAUUGCCACAUCUCAAUUCCCAGAUUCAUUUAUAUUCAUCGGGCCCUGAAAGUACUGCAAACAUUCUUAGUCAGUCCAUGUUGAUUUUUCAAGAUGGAGUUGAUAUAGAGGAACUGCCAGUUCUAGUCAAACGAGCAACUAGUGAAUCGUUUCCGUUUACUUCACAUUCAUACACUGGUCAACAAUUUCAAGAAGAAACAGAGUUUGAUACAACUUUUCGACAAGAUCUGUGUAACUGUUAUUCUGUGAAUGAUGUAUUCAGGUUACUUGAAGUGCCCUCUGACAAAGUUCGAGGCAUAUCAGCAUCGCUUGCACUCCAGAAACUACAUGUAUUAAAAUAUCUCAACACAGACUGGCACCAGAUCCAUUCUUUUAUUCGUUCAGCUGUUAUGCGAGAGCUUUAUGACACAGUUCAGCAAGAUGUCAAGCUUUUGUCCAACAGCACUCUUAUUUCACUGGUGGAGUGUUAUGUUGCUACAGAUGGCUUUAGUUUGAUGUGUAUAGAUGGCAUUAAUUUGGAAAUCCAGUCACGGUUAGGGGAUGGCAUACUUUCUGUAGAAGAACUGUUAAAUCUUUCACAGGUACUAAGCAAACAUUCAGGGAUCAAUCAUAAACCAUCUGUCAGUGGUGUCAAGAUUUCACCUGUCAGCAUUGUCUCAGAAAACUCAUCUAGAUUGUUAUCAAAUGAUGGAGAUGAACAGCAAGUUAAAGUUGACAGUUUUGACAAGUACUGCUCCAAAGCUGGUCCUCAAGUCAGGACAGAAAUUCAUUCAAGAUGUUCUCAACUUCGUGAUCAUGUUUGGGUGCAUUUAACCUCCAGGUAUCAAGAUAUAGAUGAGAACACAUUCGCCCACAUACUUCAGGCACUUACAUGUGACAGGAAGAACUUGGUCAGUUUGCUGGAGAAAUCUUUGGCAAAGUAUUGGAUCUCUUUGUCUCCAGAAGAUGUUAAGACAAGUUUGGAUAACCUUGUUCGUUUACGAGCCAACAGCACAGUUAUUAUGACUUAUUUUGGACGGUGGGCUUAUGUGAACAUCCAUCAGAUGUCAUUACCACUGCUGCUGUCAUUUUUGAAUGCAUACAUUCACUUUGGCUUCCUGAAUGAAAAUCUUGUGAAGGUGAUGGAGAGAUGCCUCAGCCUGAAGGGUCAAUUGAUACACACUGAUGUGCUUGCCUUAUGCGUGGAGUACUGCAGGUCAUGUCAGUACCUGUCUCCUUUGGUGAUGGAUGCAGCUGCCAGCCACUUUACCCAGUAUGCAUACUCAUAUGAGCCUCUACAGCUGUUCGUGGUGUUGAGGGCAUUUGGGCAACUCAAUUAUUUACCAGCACAGACAUCUGCUUUCCUGAAAAAGGUGGAAUCUUGUUUGUGGGAUCGUUUUGAUCAAAUGCAGGAGACACAACUGCUAGAAAUUUUGGGCUCCUUCACAUUUUUAGACAUACUUCCCAAAAAUUUUCACAUGCGAGUGUCUGAUCAUGUCUUUCUAGACAGAAUCAGAAGGCUAAACAACGCCAACAAGUCAGCAGCUUUUAUGUGGCUGGGUAUCCUGAAAAAUGCAUUUGCUCUCAACACAAGCCAGGAUUUAGAGAAAAAUCACAAAUGGUUGUUGGCCAGGAAUGUUAAAUACUCUCCUUUAUAUCAUGAUGAUCAAAAGACUUCACUAUUGGCUGUCAGGUUUACCAUCAGUCAACUUUUGGGCCAUCAUCACCAUCAUGUGCUCCCAGUUUAUGGAUGUUGUGCUGUCUACCUCAGUAGUGAUGGUUUGCCUCUGAAGAUUACAAGUGUUGACAACAGUUGUGUGAUUGAAGGUCAAGUAGCUAAAAAACUUGCAAUUCUGCUACGAACAUCUGACCAUUUCACAGUCAACACACAACAACUACUGGGAGUACACGCACAGAAACAGAAACAUCUGCACAAGUUAGGCUUUUCUAUUGUUGAGGUACGGGCUGGCCAUUUUAUGUACACCUGGCGACACUCAUUCAGCGCUGGUGCAUCCCUUAUCAAGGCCUGCUUGAUGCCACACAUUAAUUUCAGCAAAUUGAAACAUGAGACUUACCUUGCAGACAAACACUUCCAUGGCAGCUUGACUAAAGAAGAUGCAUUCUGGUCUUGGCGGAGUAAUAAUGGGGAUGAUUUGAUUGCUGACGACGAUGCCUUGUUUUCAGGGUCAUCAACUAGUAGAAAGGACGGGGGUGUUUCAGUCUGUGAUAGUGGCCUUCUCAAUGAGAAGUCUGUUGAAGAUGACAAGACAACUGAGGAGCCUGACUAA